GACUGCGGUCGUGUCUGAUUAGAAAAAAAAUGACCACGCUGUGAAUUCAAACGUGAGACGUUUAUUGAGAUAUAAAUUGGAAUGCAUGUCAGAACCGGGACCUUCACUGCAUUCUGACUUGAUGCGAGACUACAGGCGGCUCGGACGAGUAAGUAUCGCGAUAUUUGACCAGCUGUUUAGUCUGUGUGUUUUUUUUAGACUGAUGCUAGUCGGUCAACACGUGGAGAGGAGAGUCUGACUUUCUACCGGGACACGUUUGAAAAGUCACGUUAUCAAUACUGCUCUCAUCGUGGCGGCACAGAGGAUCCGAAAAUACUGUGUAGCAGAUAGUGUCCUGAGGAAAUGCCGCUGAGGUUUCGCUCUGUUAUGUCCUACACGCUGCCUGGAGUCCUUGCACUGAUUGGGUGGUGGUGGUACAUCUCACGGAAAAAAGAGCGGCUCAUCAGCCAUGACAGCCCAGAAGGUCCUCCAAAUGUUUUGGGCCUUAGAACAUCUUCAACAGAAGGUAGCAAUGGUUUGGUUGAAAAAGGCACCAUGCCCACCACAAACGACACAGAAAGUCCUGCCCCAAGACCUCCAGAGUUCAGUAACCAGAGAACAGAACAGGGAAAUAUUUCACAGACCCAUGUCCAGGACACUAAAGCAACACUUUCACUGGAACAAAGAUCUGAAGAAGGUGCCCCUCACCUUGGCAGAAUAAGACAAGAGAAAGUCUAUAAACCUUCAGAUUCCACUCUCCCAACAUGUGAUAAGGAUGACAGCCCCCCAGUAUCACUGAAAGGCCAUAAAGAACCAGAGAGAAGCUCAUCGCCUGACUUGGUAGCAGAGCUAGAGAAACACCCAGACAAAAAAUCAGGUGCUGCUCCCGAAGUGACAGUAGAAGAGCUCGUCUUACCCUGCCAGUCCACCAAACUCAUCAGCUCCUCCCCUACAACAGCAUACCUUUCUGAUGCAGAGAGGCCAGAGCCAGAGGGGGAAGUUGCAAAGCACCACAGCACUAUUAAUACACAAAAUGAGAUGGUUGUUUGUGCACUUGCACCAGCCAGAGUGCAGAGUGUAGUCCCAUCGGAGGCUGAUUCUCCAGAGACACCCCCAUCAGCACAGGAUUUACACCAACACAUUGUAACAAGCACACCUACCACCAUCACUUCGGCCUCCACUGCUCUGACCACCAUCCAAGAUUCCACCAUCACAUCAGUGACUUCACAGGACAUCUUGGCAUACAAUUAUACUGAAGAGGAUCAGGAUUUGGAGCUUCUGGCAGCUGGACUCAUAACUGAUGUCAUCUCCGCAGCCACCCAGGAGGUCCUUGGUGUCACUAGCUGCAAGAUCACGAACAACAGCCAGCCUAGCUGCAACAGCAGCGUGCUGCUGACUGGCAGCGGUGUAUGCUUUCAACAGGAUCCAGUGACAGUGAAACAACAGCAUCACCAUCUCUUGACAAGCUCCUCUCAGGUAGGCUGUGAGUAUAAAGAUGCAUCAGAGAAAGAAGAGCAAGGAGUGCCUAAUGGAUGCUCCUCAGCUCCAGUAUGGGAACCUAUUGAGGUCAGUCACAGAGUUCGUCAGACAUAUAAUCCACAGAGAGGCCACUGGGCAACUGCAUCACAACAAUCAGCACAAAGCAUUCCUGUGCUAAACAUUAAACUGAAAUCUGAUGAAUCUACCACACUAGCUGAGGAUUCGGCCUGCAGCACGUGCCACUCUGAGGAUGGCAUCAUCAGCGAGGACCACCACAGCAGCAUGUUUGACAACCAAAUUGAGGAGAUCCAGGUUACAGACUUGUCAGCAAGAGAAGCCACACAGCCUCAGUCAUUGGUUGAGAACAUUGCAGAGGUGACAGUUUUGGGUGAAACCGAAGACCAUACAGUGGCCACAGUGUGUGAGAUAAAAAGGCUGAAUGGAAUGGGCCUUAGGAAUGGAGCUCAUGGAACAUGUGAAGUGGAGACAGACCAGUCUGGAGGAUCUGAUGUGAACAGUAUGGACUCAGUGGACAGCGGCUGCACUAUGGGUGCCGGAGAGAACCAGAGCAACCACACUGCCUCCUCGAGCUCUGAGCUCAUUAUCUGGGAGGUUGAGGUGCCAAAGCAUCUUGUAGGGCGUCUGAUAGGAAAGCAGGGGAGAUACGUGAGUUUUCUGAAGCAGAACUCUGGUGCAAAGAUCUACAUCUCCACUCUGCCUUAUACACAGGAGUUUCAGAUCUGUCACAUAGAGGGUACGCAGCAGCAGGUUGACAAAGCUCUGUCACUGAUUGGGAAGAAGUUUAAGGACCUGGACUUGACCAAUCUGUAUGCACCUCCACCUCCCCCACUCACGUUGCCAUCACUUCCCAUGACCUCCUGGCUCCUGCUCCCCAGUGGAGUGACGGUGGAAGUGAUAGUGGUGAACAUUGUGUCAGCUGGUCACAUCUUUGUCCAGCAGCACACUCACCCCACCUACCAUGCUCUGCGAAGCCUUGACCAGCAGAUGUUCCUGUGCUACUCCCAGCCCGGCACGCCUGCUCUUCCCUCACCUGCUGAAGUUGGCGUAAUCUGUGCUGCUCCAGCAGUGGAAGGAGCCUGGUGGAGAGCUCAAGUCAUCACCUUCUAUAAAGAAACUAAAGAGGUGGAGAUUAGAUACGUUGACUAUGGAGGCUAUGACAGAGUUAAGAUUGAUUCAUUACGGCAGAUAAGGUCUGAUUUCGUAACACUACCUUUUCAAGGUGCUGAGGUAUUGCUUGACAACAUCGCCCCACUUCCAGGAGAAGAUCGUUUUUCAGCUGAGGCCACAUCAGCAUUGGAGGAGAUGACCAGAGGAGUGGCGUUGCUUGCACAGGUCUCAAAUUAUGAUAACAACACAGGCCUCCCGCUAGUCCACCUGUGGAACAUGGUCGGAGAUGAGGUGAUUUCAGUGAACCGUACGCUGGCAGAAAGGGGCCUGGGUGUUUGGGUGGAUGGGUUUUGAACCUAUUAUAUGCUCUGACCUCCACACGUCGCCCACCCCCUUGAUUUCUUGUGGUCAGCAGCAUGGGACCUGGAUCAUCUUGAUGGUCCCAACCCCACCAGACAGCACUGGAUCGAAGAAGAUUGGUUUUCUUUUGGGAUUUUUUUUUUUUUUUUUUUUCAAAUGUGCUCUUUCCUCCUCCGUUUCAUUUGGAAAGAAAUUCAGAUUUGUUUGCAGGCUCUAAUCUACGAGAACACUGUUUCAGAAUAAGACAACCUUCCCCUCCUGUUCUUAUACACGAAAAGAACACCAAGAAGGAAAGACAGAGGUACCUGUAUUUUUUUUUUAAAAAAGAAAUCUAUAUUGUAACUAAAUAAUGGUUUAAUCAAUGUUUUUUUUCCACCGCCCUCAUCCUACCUUAAUUUUUGCUGUGGGCCUUUGCACACUGACUGAGGAUCAUCAUGUUGCAGUGAAGGACAGUCACCUCUACCAGACUAUUUAGACACAACACUUUUGAAUUCUUGUGACCCCUUGGAUAUAAUCAUGUUGGUCGGUUCUUUUUACAGCAGACCGAGUUGAUGUCUGAAUAGAAAAGGGGGAGCAGAAAGGCCAUAGCACUGGAAGGAGCAGAGAAGGUCAGAUGGUGGAACACCGAGCACCCAGCCAGUCUACUCAGCCCUCAAACAUUUUAGCAAGGCCACAUAUAGCUGAAGAGGCAGUUCUUUGUGGGGCCCAUUUGAAUUGUUUUCCUGGCUUUCUGAAGAGCUUAGGUGCUGUGCUUGCAGCAGUUGGAAUCGUGGUAUUUUUAGUCAUCAUUUUGGACCAUAAUGACAACAUUUAUAUACAGACAAGAUAAGUUCUGAUUUUUCACUGCACAGUCAGACCUUACCAAUAAAAUAGGCUAAACAAACUGGUAAUGAUGAAAACAACCACCAUGAAUUAAGGAAUUGCCAACUGUCCUGAAGUAAUUUCAUAUUUUAUUACAACUAGCAUAGUUGAUGUCAACUUGAGUAAAGUGUUGUCUGUCACUUCACCUGGGUUCACUGUCUCACUGUGUGUGGGGUGCAGCACCAUCAUAUUGACCCCAAAAUGCAGAGUUUGUUCCCAUUGAUUUGGCACUGCACUUGAGUCUUAGAACUGUACGGAAAAUCAUUUGUUUGUAAUCCUCAGUGACAUGUGUUCACUUUCUAAAGACUGAUAUAAACUGUAUAUAUCCAGUAUGAUUUUGUUUUAGCACAUCCAAAUCCCAAAAUGUAGUUUUCCCACCAUUCUGAAAACUGAUUUUUUUUGUUUUGUACACAUUAUAUAUCUUCUGCUCUCGAGAUAAAAAUAAUAAAAGGAAGAACUCUGGACUGUGAGAACUUUAUAAAAGAUUUUGUGAUGUACUGCCCCUAUAGCAGAGUUGGAGUACAUUUUCAAAACCAUGACAAAUAGUUGAAUAUUUAAAUCUGAAGGGAAACAAAGCUGCUCGUGGUAUGUUGACCUGUUUGUUGGUCGGAUUACUGUAUGUCCCAUGCAUGUCCUCUGGUUUAAUAGUAAUUCCAAAGAAAACAGGAUGUUUGGAGCUGGGAUUAGUACACUAUGUUUGUGAUAGUUGACCAGGAGAGAGUUUCAUUGUGAUGCAGGGUGCUGCUAAUAAUUCAAAGCUCUGAGCUCCGCAGUGAGCAAACUACUAAAGAUUUAGACUGACAUGGGAACGAAAGACUACACAAGAUUUAGUGUGCUGCUCUUUAAUGCAGACCUUUUGUUAACUGGUAAACUAAAUUCAGUUUGUGUCAUGAGUCUGUAUUGGCAAUCUCUACGCUGUGGUAUACAGAUGGCCAUCAUGCUGUCUGUUAAAGUACACUGUGAUACAAAGCAGGACCUUGUUCUUCUCAUGUCGAUACUAGAGUAAUUUGUUGAUGAUUUGGCCCAAGUCUUGGGUUCCCACUAAUUCAAAGCUGGCUAUAAUUGUACUUGGAUCUGUCCUCUCAGUCUGAUUUCAGCCCCAUGUCACUGCCCUCACUGAGCCUGAAUAAUGGGAAUCUCAAAGCUAGCAAUCACUGCUCUGUUAAUUCUGCUUUAGUUUCAGCUUUGUCAGAGCCAUGAAUUGAGGUCUUAAAAUGGUAUGAAACUGUGAUACCUCAGUGCAUUUGUGGGGCAGUAAAAUCUGAUUUUCAGCAAGGGGAGCUCUAUAUAACAUUAACACAACUUGAAGGGAAUAUAAAAUGAUACUCAAUACUCAUAUUCAAUGUAAAAUAGGUUAUAAGUGUCAAAAUUAUACGUCCUAAAUAUUUUUUCACAUUUACCAUGUAGUACUUUUUUUCACUCCCAAAGCCAUCUAAAAUCAGAUGUUACACACACACACACACACAUAUAUAUAUAUAUAUAUAUAUAUAUAUAUACAUACAACAAAUUUAAGACUGUUCUACAGCCACAGAAACUGGAAGACAGGACAAGAUUAGAAUUGUGGCCAUAAAUUCAAUUUAUAAAUGUAGUUUAAGAGAACAGUAGGUGUAUUUGUUGCCGAUUACUCUGUGUCACCUUGCCUUGAAAGACUUUCCUUAAUUCAAAUUCUGACUGGACAAAGGAAGGGCUGUAGUCUGACUUUGAACUGAUCCCCUCAAGUGGCCAUGCAGUUUGUUUGUAAGGGAGCGUUCCAGCUUUAGGAUGCACAAAAUCUGUGGUCUCUGUUCCAACUUGAACUAUGCGUAACAGUCUACUGGAUGAGAAAUAGCAAAAUUGUUUUUAGCUGGACAACAUUGUUGACCUGGAUCUGAGCUCACGAACUCAUCUCAGACAUGCUGAAACAUGAUUUAAGAACUUGGAACACUAGAUACUUUUUCUACCUGGUAGUGUUGCUUUCUGGAGUAGCAGAACAACAUUUGGGGAGCAGGGUCCUGCUGAGCAGAGAGAACCACAAUGCUGCGAUAGGCUGCAACAUCAUUUACUGUUGAUUUUCAUUUAAGUUUGCAUCAGAAUGUUUCUUCUCAACAUGUUAUGGAUUUUUUUUUCAGACAGUUAUUUGUAAUGUUGCAGUUCGACUUUCUUGUGUUUGCACUUCUUGUAUUGCAAUGUUAGAUUCAGCCUGAAUGAACCCUGAGAAGGAUUCAUUUUCAGUGGAAAUGAAAUGUUGUUACUCUAGCAAUAAGGCAGCUUUAUUUUUGACAAACUGAAGGACAAUGGGGGGGGGCUUAAGUGUUAUAUUUGACAUAAUUAAUUACCGGGAACAUUAUAAAUUGUCAACCAACACUUUAGUAGUCAAUAAUGCAGAUCUUCAAGAAUGUGUCUCAGGAAGGGUUAAUUCGGUGGUUGAUUUGUAAAUCAACCUGCCUGAGGGCAGCUGAUGGAGGAAAAGGACAUGAUUGUGCUAAAAGUAUGAAACUGUGCUGUAGGAAAUUUAACAUUUGGACAGAUGAACCUACAAGACAUAUGAGCUGAAGGAGGUAUCCACAUGUUAAUGGUGGAAUUGGAGCAGUAGCCAUAUUGUCUGUUGUUGGUUUGUGUGCAUCCUUCUGUUCUGUCCGCUAAUUUCGCUGAUCCUGUUUGUUCCUCCUCUAAAAAACCAAGUCAGAUUACAUAUGCUGGGCUAGUAUUUUUUCCCCCUUUUAACAACAAUCCCUGCUGCCCACAAACAUUCACCACACCUUAAAAAUCAAACUAGAGUUUUGUUCAUUUCUCUGUAAAUAAGAUAUUUGACUGUACUUUUCUAUAACACUGGAGAGAAAGAGAUAUAAAGGGAACAUUUUUUGUUUGGUUUGUUCUGGCUCAUCCUGCCUCACCUCUUUCAGCCACUCGGUGUUCUCGAGCCGUUGGACUGAGUGUUAAGUGUUUGCAUAGCUAGACAAGUCAUCAUUUGAUUAUUUAAAUGGGUGUUCAGCUAUUGUGCCCAAAAGCAUUUAACAUGUACAGAUCAGUUUUUGCUAGGCUCAUCUUAAGUUUGAUUUGUUGAUUGUACAGGUCUAUUAGGAAAAAAUAAAAGUUAUUGAAAGUG